CCCAAGAUCACCCUCUACACCAACCACCUCUGCCCUUUUGCCCACCGCGCCCACAUCACUCUGGAAGAGCUAGGCUUGGACUUUGACGAAGUAAUUAUCGACCUCGACAAGCCCCGCGAACAAUGGUACCUAGACAUCAACCCUCGCGGUCUUGUGCCAUCCAUCAAAUACACAGUCCCCGGUCUUUACGAUGAGGAAAUCAUCACCGAGUCCAGCAUUGUCGCACAAUUCCUCGCCGACGCUCGUCCUUCGCACUUGCUGCCUAGCAGUCUUCACGACCCUUUCUCCCCGCUGUUUAGAGCCAGAUUGGCUUUCUUUGUGGACACGUGGAAUACAAAGGUGCAGGGAAACUUGUACCCUAUGAUGAAGGCUGAGGGUGAGGAGAAGGAGAAGCUGGCCAAGGAGACUGUGGCUGCUAUUGAAAAGGAGAUUGAGCCUUUGCUGGCCAAUGCUGGUCCCUUCUUUGGUGGAAAGGAUAAGCCCACGCUUGCUGAGGCUAUCAUCGCUCCCUUCCUGAUCCGCUUCUUCGCUUUCUCCAAGGAGGGCAACCUUUUGCCUUCGUCGCUUAAGAAGUCUAUCGAGGCUCUGCCUAACACUGGCAAGUGGGCCAAGGCUGUCGUUGAGCUUCCCAGCGCUCUCACCAUCUGGAAUGAGGAGGAUGUCGUCAAGAGAACAUCUGCCCGUGUGGCCAAGAUGAAG